AUGACAAUUCCCUCAGUUACUCUGAACAAUGGUGUCCAGAUGCCUGCAAUCGGGUUCGGUACUUGGGCAGGAAUGGAUCCAGCUGAGUGGCACAAAUCCGAGCCAUGGCUCGCGACCGCGCUGAAGGCCGGUUAUACGCACUUUGAUACCGCUCAGAUGUACGGAACGGAAAAGUAUAUAGGCAAUAUUCUCAAAGACGCUGGUAUUCCGCGAGAUAAACUUUUCAUCACCAGCAAGCUAUUAUGGAACUACCACAGUCUAAUUGAAGAAUCUUUGGAUACCACUUUGAAAGAUCUGGGGACUGAUUACGUCGAUUUAUUUCUCAUUCAUUGGCCGCAAAUGGUCUUCUACGAAGAGGGCAACAUUAGGCCCCGCAAUCCUGACGGAACAUUGAAGGUUGUAGAGUCCCCAUCAUUCAACGACGUCUGGGCGGUCUUUGAGAAACUGCUCGACACGGGCAAAGUCAAGAGUAUCGGCGUCAGUAAUUUCUCUAUCAAGACGCUCGAAGAACUGCUGAAGACGGCCAAAGUGGUACCUUCAGUGAACCAGAUCGAGCUUCAUCCAUACUUGGCCCAGACAGAGCUGGUGGAAUAUUGCAAGUCUAAAGGCAUUGUCGUAACCGCUUACGCACCAACAGGGUACUCCCAAGUGUUAGGCGAUCCGUUAAUCAUCGAGCUUGCUGCGAAGUACAAAGCUUCCCCCGCUCAGGUAGUACUCGCUUGGCAUCUCGCUCGGGGAACGACCGCCGUCCCUAAGAGCACAAGUGAGGCCCAUCAGAAAGAGAAUCUCAAUCUGCCUACUUUGGAUUCCAAAGACGUCGAGCGUAUCACAGCUCUGGACAAGGGAUUGCGCAUCUGCAACAAGCCCACGGAGACCGGGAUCAUCUGUGGCUGGAGCGUCGAACGGAUGGGAUGGUAA